GUGUCAUGUAAUGGCGCUAUAUGGGCGUGAACGCUAAGACCCUUACCGGAUCAACCACCCUCGAGAUAUAAGUAACGGCGAAACUGCGUUCGACUUCUAUGUACUCCUAUGAAGCAAGCUUCUCUUCAGUUCCUCCAGUACCUCCCGCGCCAUGGCUUUCACAGAGAAGGACUUUGUUCAGCUUGUCACUUACACGCGCGUCGAAUACUAUUGCACCAUGUCGGUCCUAGCAAUGGUCAUUUACGACUGCAUCACAAGGGUUUCAAGCGAGAUUGACCUCGUAUGGACCAGGAGGUUCACUCCCUACUGGCUACUCUACUUCAUGUGCCGGUAUCCACCAAUCCUCGUCAUGGUCCUCAAUUGGCUACGUCUUAGCAAUAUCACGGCGUGCGUCUAUCAACUUUCUUGUGUUUGCCACCAUAGAUGGACCAUCCUUAUGUUCCCGGCCUUAUUAUCAAUAGCUGUCAUCCCAUCAGCAUAGUGUACGUUAUUUCAUCCAUGCAAGUGGCAAUUAUGCCAGCUGCUUUCGGCGCCCUCCGCCUAUAUGCGGUGACGAAUCGCGACUUGCGGGUG